UUAAUCGAUUGGCUUACAAUAAUCAGUUUAACUGCUUUAACUAAAUCAGAUGAUAGUUUAAUUGAAACACACAGUAAUACACCGUCAGUGAUACAACUUUUAUUCGAUGGAGGCGAAUUGACAAAUUGUUCUUGUAAUCCAGGUAAUUCAGGAUCUGAAUCAUCAAUUCCAGAAGUUGUCAAUGGUGGUGGUGGCGGUGUGCCUACAGUUCAUCUAGAAUGUCCAGUUCAUCUAUUAGCUGCUAAGGCAAAGUUAAACUUUCGACACCACUAA